AUGAGCCGCAGAGCCCCGGGGUCUCGGCUGAGCAGCGGCGGCGGCGGCGGCGGCGGCACCAAGUACCCGCGGAGCUGGAAUGACUGGCAACCCAGAACUGAUAGUGCAUCAGCCGACCCAGAUACUUUAAAAUAUUCUUCAUCCAGAGAUCGGGGUGGGUCUUCUUCUUAUGGACUGCAACCUUCAAAUUCAGCUGUGGUGUCUCGGCAAAGGCACGAUGAUACCAGAGUCCACACUGACAUACAGAAUGACGAAAAGGGUGGCUACAGCGUCAAUGGAGGAUCUGGGGAAAAUACUUAUGGUCGGAAGUCGUUGGGGCAAGAGCUGAGGGUUAACAAUGUGACCAGCCCUGAGUUCACCAGUAUUCAGCAUGGCAGUCGUGCGUUAGCCAUCAAAGACAUGAGGAAAUCACAGGAGCGAUCGAUGUCUUACUCUGAUGAGUCUCGACUGUCGAAUCUUCUUCGGAGGAUCACCCGGGAAGACGACAGAGACCGAAGACUGGCUACUGUAAAGCAGUUGAAAGAAUUUAUUCAGCAACCAGAAAAUAAGCUGGUACUAGUUAAACAAUUGGAUAAUAUCUUGGCUGCUGUACAUGAUGUGCUUAAUGAAAGUAGCAAAUUGCUUCAGGAGUUGAGACAGGAGGGAGCUUGCUGUCUUGGCCUUCUUUGUGCUUCUCUGAGCUAUGAGGCUGAGAAGAUCUUCAAAUGGAUUUUUAGCAAAUUUAGCUCAUCUGCAAAAGAUGAAGUUAAACUCCUCUACUUAUGUGCCACCUACAAAGCAUUAGAGACUGUAGGAGAAAAGAAAGCCUUUUCAUCUGUAAUGCAGCUUGUAAUGACCAGCCUACAGUCCAUUCUUGAAAAUGUGGAUACACCAGAAUUACUUUGCAAAUGUGUUAAGUGCAUUCUUUUGGUGGCUCGAUGUUACCCUCAUAUUUUCAGCACUAAUUUUAGGGAUACAGUUGAUAUAUUAGUUGGAUGGCAUAUAGAUCAUACUCAGAAACCUUCGCUCACACAGCAGGUGUCUGGGUGGUUGCAGAGUUUGGAGCCGUUUUGGGUAGCUGAUCUUGCAUUUUCUACCACUCUUCUUGGUCAGUUUCUGGAGGACAUGGAGGCAUAUGCUGAGGACCUCAGCCAUGUGGCCUCUGGGGAGUCAGUGGAUGAAGAUGUUCCUCCUCCAUCGGUGUCGCUACCCAAGCUGGCCGCGCUUCUCCGGGUGUUCAGUACUGUAGUGAGGAGCAUUGGGGAACGCUUCAGCCCAAUUCGGGGUCCUCCAAUCACUGAGGCAUAUGUAACAGAUGUUCUAUACAGAGUAAUGAGAUGUGUGACGGCUGCAAACCAAGUGUUUUUUUCUGAGGCUGUGUUGACAGCUGCUAAUGAGUGUGUUGGUGUUUUGCUCGGCAGCUUGGAUCCUAGCAUGACUAUACAUUGUGACAUGGUCAUUACAUACGGAUUAGAUCAGCUGGAGAACUGCCAGACUUGCGGUACAGAUUAUAGCAUCUCAGUCUUGAAUUUACUCACAUUGAUUGUUGAACAGAUAAAUACAAAACUGCCAUCAUCAUUUGUAGAAAAACUGUUCAUACCAUCAUCUAAACUACUAUUUUUGCGUUAUCAUAAAGAAAAGGAGGUUGUUGCUGUAGCCCAUGCUGUUUAUCAAGCAGUGCUCAGCCUGAAGAAUAUUCCUGUUUUGGAGACUGCCUAUAAAUUAAUUUUGGGGGAAAUGACUUGUGCCCUAAACAACCUGCUACAUAGUCUACAACUUCCUGAUGCCUGCUCUGAAAUAAAACAUGAGGCUUUUAAAAAUCACAUGUUCAAUGUAGACAAUGCAAAAUUUGUAGUUAUAUUUGACCUCAGUGCCCUGACUACAAUUGGAAAUGCCAAAAACUCACUAAUUGGGAUGUGGGCGCUAUCUCCAACUGUCUUUGCCCUGCUGAGUAAGAAUCUGAUGAUUGUGCAUGGUGACCUGGCUGUUCACUUCCCCGCCAUUCAGUAUGCUGUGCUCUACACGUUGUAUUCUCAUUGUACCAGGCACGAUCACUUUAUAUCUAGUAGUCUUAGUUCUUCAUCCCCAUCUUUGUUUGAUGGAGCUGUGAUAAGUACUGUAACUACAGCUACAAAAAAACAUUUCUCAAUUAUACUGAAUCUCCUGGGAAUAUUGCUUAAGAAAGAUAAUCUUAACCAGGAUACAAGGAAACUGUUAAUGACCUGGGCUUUGGAAGUGGCUGUUUUAAUGAAGAAGUCUGAAACAUACGCACCUUUAUUUUCUCUUCCAUCUUUCCAUAAAUUUUGCAAAGGCCUUUUAGCCAACACUCUUGUUGAAGAUGUGAAUAUCUGUCUGCAAGCAUGCAGCAGUCUACAUGCUUUGUCUUCUUCUUUGCCAGAUGAUCUUCUACAGAGGUGUGUUGAUGUUUGCCGUGUUCAACUUGUCCAUAGUGGAACUCGUAUUCGACAAGCAUUUGGAAAGCUGUUGAAGUCAAUUCCUUUAGAUGUUGUUUUGAGCAAUAACAAUCACACAGAAAUUCAAGAAAUUUCUUUAGCAUUAAGAAGUCACAUGUGCAAAGCACCAAGUAACACAUUCCAUCCACAAGAUUUCUCUGAUGUUAUUAGUUUUGUUUUGUAUGGGAAUUCUCACAGAACAGGGAAGGACAAUUGGUUAGAAAGAUUGUUCUAUAGCUGCCAGAGACUGGAUAAGCGUGACCAAUCAACAAUUCCCCGAAAUCUUCUAAAGACAGAUGCUAUCCUUUGGCAGUGGGCUAUUUGGGAGGCAGCACAGUUCACUGUCCUCUCUAAGUUGAGAACCCCAUUGGGCAGAGCUCAGGAUACCUUCCAGACCAUUGAAGGUAUCAUUAGAAGUCUUGCAGCUCACACAUUAAAUCCCGAUCAAGAUGUUAGUCAGUGGACAACUGCAGACAAUGAUGAAGGCCACAGUAGCAACCAGCUUAGACUUGUUCUUCUUCUGCAGUAUCUGGAAAAUUUGGAGAAGUUAAUGUAUAAUGCAUAUGAAGGGUGUGCUAAUGCAUUAACAUCACCUCCCAAGGUCAUUAGGACUUUUUUUUAUACUAAUCGCCAAACUUGCCAAGACUGGCUGACGCGGAUCCGACUCUCCAUUAUGAGGGUUGGGUUGUUGGCAGGCCAGCCUGCUGUGACCGUGAGACACGGCUUUGACUUGCUUACAGAAAUGAAGACAAAUCUAUCUCAGGGGAAUGAAUUGGAAGUAACCAUCAUGAUGGUGGUAGAAGCGCUGUGUGAGCUUCAUUGUCCUGAAGCUAUACAGGGACUUGCUGUCUGGUCAUCUUCCAUUGUUGGAAAGAAUCUUCUCUGGAUUAAUUCAGUGGCCCAGCAGGCUGAAGGGAGGUUUGAAAAGGCCUCUGUAGAGUACCAGGAGCACUUGUGCGCCAUGACAGGUAUUGAUUGCUGCAUCGCCAGCUUUGAGAAAUCUGUUCUCACGUUGGCCAACGCUGGGCGUAACAGUGCCAGCCCCAAACAUUCUCUGAACGGUGAAUCCAGAAAAACUGUGUUGUCCAAGCCAACUGACUCUUCCCCUGAGGUUAUAAAUUAUUUGGGAAAUAAAGCGUGUGAGUGCUACAUUUCCAUUGCUGAUUGGGCUGCCGUACAGGAGUGGCAGAAUGCUAUCCACGACUUGAAGAAGAGUACCGGCAGCACUUCUCUCAACCUGAAAGCUGAUUUCAACUACAUAAAAUCACUAAGCAGUUUUGAAUCUGGAGAAUUUGUUGAAUGUACUGAGCAAUUAGAAUUGUUACCAGGAGAAAAUAUCAGUCUACUUGCUGGAGGAUCAAAAGAGAAAAUAGAUAUGAAAAAACUGCUUCCUAAUAUGUUAAGUCCUGAUCCAAGGGAACUUCAGAAAUCCAUUGAAGUUCAGUUGUUGAGAAGUUCUGUUUGUCUGGCAACCGCUUUAAACCAUAUAGAACAAGAUCAGAAGUGGCAGUCCAUAACUGAAAAUGUGGUAAAGUACUUGAAGCAAACCUCCCGCAUAGCUAUUGGACCACUGAGACUUUCUACUUUAACAGUUUCACAGUCUCUGCCAGUUCUAAGUACCUUACAGCUGUAUUGCUCUUCUGCUUUGGAGAACACAGUUUCUAGCAGACUUUCAACAGAGGAUUGUCUUAUUCCACUCUUCAGUGAAGCUUUGCGUUCAUGUAAACAGCAUGAUGUGAGGCCAUGGAUGCAGGCAUUAAGAUACACCAUGUACCAGAGUCAGUUGUUGGAGAAAAUAAAAGAACAAACAGUUCCAAUUAGAAGCCAUCUCAUGGAAUUAGGUCUAACAGCAGCAAAAUUUGCUAGAAAACGAGGGAAUGUUUCACUUGCAACAAGACUCCUGGCACAGUGUAGUGAGGUUCAGCUGGGAAAGACUACUACUGCACAGGAUUUAGUCCAGCAUUUUAAAAAACUAUCAACUCAAGGUCAAGUGGAUGAAAAAUGGGGGCCUGAACUUGACAUUGAAAAAACCAAAUUGCUAUAUACAGCAGGCCAGUCAACACAUGCAAUGGAAAUGUUAAGUUCUUGUGCCAUAUCUUUCUGCAAGUCUGCCAAAGCUGAAUAUGCAGUUGCCAAGUCAAUUCUGACACUGGCUAAAUGGAUCCAGGCAGAAUGGAAAGAAAUUUCAGGGCAGCUGAAACAGGUUUAUAGAGCUCAGCAACAGCAGAACUUCACAGGUCUUUCUACUCUGUCUAAAAACAUACUUGCUUUAAUAGAACUGCCAUCUGUUAAUACAAUGGAAGAAGAGUAUCCUCGGAUUGAGAGUGAAUCUACAGUGCAUAUUGGAGUUGGAGAACCUGACUUCAUUUUGGGACAGUUGUAUCACCUGUCUUCAGUACAGGCACCUGAAGUAGCCAAAUCUUGGGCAGCAUUGGCUAGUUGGGCUUAUAGGUGGGGCAGAAAGGUGGUUGAUAAUGCCAGUCAGGGAGAAGGUGUUCGUCUGCUGCCUAGAGAAAAAUCUGAAGUUCAGAAUCUGCUUCCAGACACUAUAACUGAAGAAGAAAAAGAGAGAAUAUAUGGUAUUCUUGGACAGGCUGUGUGUCGCCCAGCGGGGAUUCAGGAUGAAGAUAUAACGCUUCAGAUAACAGAAAGUGAAGAUAAUGAGGAAGAUGACAUGGUUGAUGUUAUCUGGCGUCAGUUAAUCUCAAGUUGCCCGUGGCUUUCAGAACUUGAUGAAAGUGCGACAGAAGGAGUUAUUAAAGUGUGGAGAAAGGUUGUAGAUAGGAUCUUCAGCCUGUACAAGCUGUCUUGCAGCGCGUAUUUUACUUUCCUUAAACUCAAUGCUGGUCAGAUUCCUUUAGAUGAAGAUGACCCUAGGCUACAUUUGAGUCACAGAGCAGAGCAGAGUACUGAUGAUGUGAUUGUGAUGGCCACACUGCGCUUGCUCAGGCUGCUCGUCAAACAUGCUGGCGAGCUGAGGCAGUAUCUGGAACAUGGCUUGGAAACAACGCCUACUGCCCCAUGGAGAGGAAUUAUCCCACAGCUUUUCUCACGCUUAAACCAUCCUGAAGUAUAUGUGCGCCAAAGUAUUUGUAACCUUCUCUGCCGAGUGGCUCAAGAUUCCCCACAUCUCAUACUGUACCCUGCAAUAGUGGGUACCAUAUCACUUAGUACUGAAUCGCAGGCUUCAGGAAAUAAGUUUUCCUCUGCAAUUCCAACUUUGCUUGGCAAUAUUCAAGGAGAAGAGUUGCUGGUUUCUGAAUGUGAGGGAGGAAGCCCUCCUGCUUCUCAGGAUAGCAAUAAGGAUGAGCCUAAAAGUGGAUUAAAUGAAGACCAAGCCAUGAUGCAGGAUUGCUAUAGCAAAAUUGUAGAUAAGCUGUCCUCUGCAAACCCAACUAUGGUGUUACAGGUUCAGAUGCUUGUGGCUGAGCUGCGCAGGGUUACUGUUCUCUGGGAUGAGCUCUGGCUGGGAGUUCUGCUACAGCAACACAUGUAUGUCCUGAGACGGAUCCAGCAGCUGGAAGAUGAGGUGAAGAGAGUCCAGAACAACAAUACCUUACGCAAGGAAGAGAAAAUUGCAAUCAUGCGGGAAAAGCACACGGCUUUGAUGAAGCCCAUUGUGUUUGCUUUGGAGCAUGUAAGGAGUAUCACUGCAGCCCCUGCAGAAACACCUCAUGAAAAGUGGUUUCAGGAUAACUAUGGUGAAGCAAUUGAAAAUGCUCUUGAAAAGCUGAAGACGCCGUCAAAUCCUGCAAAGCCUGGAAGCAGCUGGAUUCCAUUUAAAGAGAUAAUGCUGAGUUUGCAACAGAGAGCACAGAAACGUGCAAGUUAUAUCUUGCGUCUUGAAGAAAUCAGCCCAUGGCUGGCUGCCAUGACUAACACCGAAAUUGCUCUUCCUGGAGAAGUGUCAGCUAGAGACACUGUCACAAUCCACAGUGUGGGCGGAACGAUCACCAUCUUACCUACCAAAACCAAGCCAAAGAAACUUCUCUUUCUAGGGUCAGAUGGCAAGAGCUAUCCUUAUCUUUUCAAAGGAUUAGAAGAUUUACAUCUGGAUGAGAGAAUAAUGCAGUUCCUGUCUAUUGUGAAUACCAUGUUUGCUACAAUCAAUCGCCAGGAAACACCCCGUUUCCAUGCCCGACACUAUUCCGUAACGCCACUAGGAACACGCUCAGGACUUAUCCAGUGGGUGGAUGGAGCCACACCCUUAUUUGGUCUUUACAAACGAUGGCAACAACGGGAAGCUGCCUUACAAGCACAGAAGGCCCAAGAUUCCUACCAAACUCCUCAGAAUCCUGGAAUUGUACCUCGUCCUAGUGAACUUUAUUAUAGUAAAAUUGGCCCUGCUUUAAAAGCAGUUGGGCUUAGUCUGGAUGUGUCCCGACGGGAUUGGCCUCUUCAUGUAAUGAAGGCAGUAUUAGAAGAGUUAAUGGAGGCCACCCCCCCAAAUCUCCUUGCUAAAGAGCUUUGGUCAUCUUGCACCACACCUGAUGAAUGGUGGAGAGUCACACAGUCUUAUGCCAGAUCUACUGCAGUCAUGUCUAUGGUCGGAUACAUAAUUGGCCUUGGAGAUAGACAUCUGGAUAAUGUUCUUAUAGAUAUGACGACAGGAGAGGUGGUUCACAUAGAUUACAAUGUUUGCUUUGAAAAAGGUAAAAGCCUUAGAGUUCCUGAGAAAGUGCCUUUUCGAAUGACACAGAAUAUUGAAACAGCACUGGGUGUAACUGGAGUAGAAGGUGUUUUUAGGCUUUCAUGUGAGCAGGUUCUACACAUCAUGCGGCGUGGCAGAGAGACUCUGCUGACAUUGCUGGAGGCCUUUGUGUAUGACCCCCUGGUGGACUGGACAGCUGGGGGCGAGGCAGGGUUUGCUGGCGCUGUCUAUGGUGGAGGUGGCCAGCAGGCUGAGAGCAAGCAGAGCAAGAGAGAGAUGGAGCGAGAGAUCACCCGCAGCCUCUUUUCUUCCAGAGUAGCUGAAAUUAAGGUGAACUGGUUUAAGAAUAGGGAUGAGAUGCUGGUUGUGCUUCCCAAGCUGGACAGCAGCUUAGACGAAUACCUGAGCUUACAAGAGCAACUGACAGAUGUGGAAAAACUGCAAGGCAAACUGCUGGAAGAAAUAGAGUUUCUAGAAGGAGCUGAAGGAGUGGACCAUCCUUCUCACACUCUGCAGCACAGGUAUUCUGAACAUACUCAACUACAGACUCAGCAAAGGGCUGUUCAGGAAGCAAUCCAGGUGAAGCUGAAUGAAUUUGAACAGUGGAUAACACAUUAUCAGGCUGCGUUCAAUAAUUUAGAAGCAACACAGCUUGCAAGUUUGCUUCAGGAGAUAAGCUCACAAAUGGACCUUGGUCCUCCAAGCUAUGUGCCAGCGACAGCCUUUCUGCAGAAUGCUGGCCAGGCGCAUUUGAUUAGCCAGUGUGAGCAGCUGGAGGGGGAAGUGGGCGCUCUUCUCCAGCAGAGGCGCUCCGUGCUCCGAGGCUGUCUGGAACAGCUGCAUCACUAUGCCACCGUAGCUCUACAGUAUCCAAAGGCCAUAUUUCAGAAACAUCGAAUUGAGCAGUGGAAGACUUGGAUGGAGGAACUCAUCUGUAACACCACAGUAGAGCGCUGUCAAGAACUCUACAGGAAAUACGAAAUGCAGUAUGCUCCCCAGCCUCCCCCAACAGUGUGUCAGUUCAUCAGCGCCACGGAAAUGACUCUGCAGCGGUAUGCAGCUGACAUCAACAGCCGGCUUAUCAGACAAGUGGAACGCUUGAAACAGGAAGCCGUCACUGUACCUGUUUGUGAGGAUCAGUUGAAGGAAAUUGAACGUUGCAUUAAAGUUUUCCUUCACGAGAAUGGAGAAGAAGGAUCUUUGAGUCUAGCAAGUGUUAUUAUUUCUGCCCUUUGUACUCUUACAAGGCGUAACCUGAUGAUGGAAGGUGCUGCUUCUAGUGCUGGCGAGCAGCUAGUGGAUCUGACCUCUCGGGAUGGAGCCUGGUUCUUGGAAGAGCUCUGCAGUAUGAGCGGGAACGUCACUUGCCUGGUGCAGUUACUGAAGCAGUGCCACCUGGUGCCACAAGACUUAGACAUUCCAAACCCAGUGGAAGCUUCUGAGGCAGUUCACUUAGCUAAUGGAGUGUACACCUCACUUCAGGAAUUAAAUUCAAAUUUCCGGCAAAUCAUAUUUCCAGAAGCACUGAGAUGUUUAAUGAAAGGAGAAUACACAUUAGAAAGUAUGCUUCAUGAGCUGGACAGUCUUAUUGAGCAGACAACUGACGGCGUUCCCCUGCAGACUCUAGUUGAAUCACUUCAGGCCUAUUUAAGAAAUGCGGCUAUGGGACUGGAGGAGGAAACUCAUGCUCAUUACAUCGAUGUUGCCAGAAUACUUCAUGCUCAGUAUGGUGAAUUAAUCCAACCAAGAAAUGGUUCCGUUGAUGAAACACCAAAAAUGUCAGCUGGCCAGAUGCUUUUGGUAGCAUUUGAUGGCAUGUUUGCCCAAGUCGAAACUGCUUUUGGCUUAUUAGUUGAAAAGUUAAACAAGAUGGAAAUUCCCAUAGCUUGGCGAAAGAUUGACAUUAUAAGGGAAGCCAGGAGUACCCAAGUCAAUUUUUUUGAUGACGAUAAUCACCGGCAGGUGCUAGAAGAGAUUUUCUUUCUGAAAAGACUACAGACAAUUAAGGAGUUCUUUAGGCUCUGUGGUACCUUUUCUAAAACUUUAUCAGGAUCGAGUUCACUUGAAGAUCAGAAUACUGUAAAUGGACCUGUACAGAUUGUCAAUGUGAAAACCCUUUUUAGAAACUCUUGUUUCAGUGAAGACCAGAUGGCCAAACCUAUAAAGGCAUUCACAGCUGACUUUGUGAGGCAGCUCUUGAUUGGACUACCGAACCAAGCCCUAGGACUCACCCUCUGCAGUUUUAUCAGUGCUCUAGGGGUAGACAUUAUUGCUCAAGUGGAGGCAAAGGAUUUUGGAGCUGAAAGCAAAGUUUCUGUCGAUGAUCUUUGUAAGAAAGCGGUGGAGCACAACAUUCAGAUUGGGAAGUUCUCUCAGUUGGUCAUGAACAGGGCAACUGUGUUAGCAAGUUCCUAUGAUACUGCCUGGAAGAAGCAUGACUUGGUGCGCAGGCUGGAAACCAGUAUUUCUUCUUGUAAGACAAGCCUGCAGCGUGUUCAGCUGCAUAUUGCCAUGUUUCAAUGGCAGCAUGAAGACCUCCUUAUCAAUAGACCACAAGCCAUGUCAGUCACACCCCCCCCUCGGUCUGCCAUCCUAACCAGCAUGAAAAAGAAACUCCAUACUCUGAGCCAGAUUGAAACUUCAAUUGCAACAGUUCAGGAAAAACUAGCAGCCCUUGAAGCAAGUAUUGAACAGCGACUCAAGUGGGCAGGUGGUGCCAACCCCGCACUGGCCCCGGUACUACAGGAUUUUGAAGCGACAAUAGCUGAAAGAAGAAAUCUUGUCCUUAAAGAGAGCCAACGAGCAAGCCAGGUCACUUUCCUCUGCAGCAAUAUCAUUCAUUUUGAAAGUUUACGAACUAGAACUGCAGAAGCCUUAAACCUGGAUGCUGCAUUAUUUGAACUAAUCAAACGAUGUCAGCAAAUGUGUUCAUUUGCAUCACAGUUUAACAGUUCGGUCUCUGAGUUAGAGCUUCGUCUAUUACAGAGAGUGGACACCAGUCUUGAACAUCCUAUUGGCAGUUCUGAAUGGCUUUUGUCAGCACACAAACAAUUGACCCAGGAUAUGUCCACUCAGAGGGCAAUUCAGACAGAGAAGGAGCAGCAGAUAGAAACAGUCUGUGAAACAAUUCAGAAUCUGGUUGAUAAUAUAAAGACUGUGCUCACUGGUCAUAACCGGCAACUUGGAGAUGUCAAACAUCUCCUGAAAGCGAUGGCUAAGGAUGAGGAAGCUGCUCUGGCCGACGGGGAGGAUGUUCCCUAUGAGAACAGUGUGCGACAAUUCUUAGCCGAAUAUAAAUCAUGGCAGGACAACAUUCAGACAGCGCUCUUUACCUUAGUCCAGGCUAUGGGUCAGGUGCGAAGUCAGGAACACGUUGAAAUGCUCCAGGAAAUAACUCCCACCUUGAAAGAACUGAAAACACAAAGUCAGAGUAUCUAUAAUAAUUUAGUGGGUUUUGCAUCACCCUUAGUCACCGAUGCAACAAAUGAAUGUUCAAGUCCAACGUCAUCUGCUACUUAUCAGCCAUCCUUUGCUGCAGCAGUCCGGAGCAACACUGGCCAGAAGACUCAGCCUGAUGUCAUGUCACAGAAUGCUAGAAAGCUGAUUCAGAAAAAUCUUGCCACAUCAGCAGAUACUCCACCAAGCACCAUUCCAGGAACUGGCAAGAGUGUUGCUUGUAGUCCUAAAAAGGCCGUCAGAGACCCUAAAACAGGGAAAGCUGUGCAAGAGAGAAACUCCUAUGCAGUGAGUGUGUGGAAGAGGGUGAAAGCCAAGCUAGAGGGCCGUGAUGUUGAUCCGAAUAGGAGGAUGUCAGUUGCUGAACAGGUUGACUAUGUCAUUAAGGAAGCAACUAAUCUAGAUAACUUGGCUCAGCUGUAUGAAGGUUGGACAGCCUGGGUAUGAAUGGUGAGACAGUAGAUGAGUCUGGUUAAGCGAGGUCAGACAUCCACCAGAAUCAACUCAGCCUCAGGCAUCCAAAGCCACACCACAGUCGGUGGUGAUGCAACUGGGGGCUUACUCUGAGGAACCCUAGGAAAUCUCGGUGCGCUAGGAAGUGAAUCCUGCAGGACAGCUGCACUCAGGGAUACGCCCAACACCAUGGCCUGCAACCCCAGGGUCAAGGGUGAAAGAAAGAAAGCUCACCGCCUGAACAUGGAGAUUGUCUUUCUGCCACAGAACAGCUGCAAACGUGUCAGGAGGUUAGCUGCAGAAAGAAAUCGGGAUGCCGCGGAGCACAGAGUGAUUUGGAACUCCAUUCCACCUGACCCUGUGUGUACAAUCCAGGAAAAAACAAAUCCCGCUCAGAAACAGAGAAAACUGGGGCCGCGAAGAAAUCACAGCCAAGGAAGUUUUGAUGCAUUCAGAUUCUCGUGUAACACUUGUUGCUUGGCAACAGUACUGGUUGGGUUGACCAGUAGGUACAAAAAGGCUAUGCGAUAAGAAUUUCAGAAAUGGACUGGAAAUGGAGAGCUAUGUAACAGAUACACUACAUUGGAAGAACUUACUUCUGAAAUGAAGGGAAAAAAAAAACUACCCGUUGUCCUCCUCCCUAAUCCCACACCAUCUACCCACUCCCCCCCUUUACCUGAUCUAGUAGAUUAGCCAUCUUUCUAAUUUACUUUUAUUUCAAUCCUUGUAUUUCAUAAGCUUCCAUCUCGAUGUUAACAACUUAUAUUUGGAGUGAUAAACAGGAAUUUCUCCAAAACGACUGAUAACAUGGAAAAUUCAAGGAUUGUUUAAAGGUCUGAUGAUCACAUACAAAAUAUAAUUCUGGUUAUUUAAGUCAUUUCUGUGAUUCUAUCAUGUACAGUUUCCAGAAUUGUCACUGUGCAUUCAAAAGUAAUGAAUCUAACAGACAUUUGAUUUAAUGUACACUCCCCUUUGCUUAUAGUGUGCAUUUUUGGGAGGUCAUUCAAAUUUUCCCUCUUCUGCGAUUGCUGUAGUUUCUUUCAUAGAAAGUAGCUAAUCCAAUGUAACCUUUUACCUUUUUAAAAACCAGGAUAGAAUAGCUAUUAGAGUUUUACAUAGUUGAUGACAGAUUAACAAUAAAGUGAUGUUCUGGUGGA